AGCAAAUAAUACCUCCAGAUUGACGAGGAAACAAAAGAGAAGCGUUGGUUAGGAGGGAUCUCCAGCCUCUGCCCCGUUCCUGGAGGCUGUGAAUCGAGGCUGAUCCCGAUUAUUAGGGAAACUGGGUUUGAUCUAAUAAGGAUUGGCUAUUUUGUUGUGCGUCGACGAUUUCUUCCUCAUUUGUUUGUGGAUCAUCUCGUCUAGUUCUAGUUCCAGUGCUGUAUCGCUUAUUGGGGCUCUCAGAUUCUUGGAGGUGUUGGGGAAAUCCGAAAGUUGGAUCGAGGAGCCCUUGUCUGACAGAAAUUUCCGAAAAAUUUGCUUAUUUGUUCCAUUUCUUGAUACAAGUCUGCGGUUUUUGUCCGGAGGGAGAAAAUGGGGGUUAUGUCGAGGCGCGUGCUGCCUGCAUGCGGCAACCUCUGUUGCUUCUGCCCAUCGUUGCGGGCACGGUCACGACAACCCGUAAAACGCUACAAGAAACUCCUCACCGACGUCUUUCCUCGCUCUCCGGAUGGACAACCAAAUGACAGAAUGAUAGGCAAGCUUUGUGAAUAUGCUUCAAAAAAUCCAAUGCGCAUCCCAAAGAUUACAAAUUACUUGGAGCAACGGUGUUACAAAGAACUGCGAAAUGGACAAUUCAAUUCAGCAAAAGUUGUGCCAUGCAUUUAUAGGAAAUUGUUAGCCUCAUGUAAGGAGCAAAUGCCAUUGUAUGCUACGAGCUUGUUGAGCAUUGUGCGAACUCUACUUGAUCAAACACAGCAAGAUGAUAUGCGCAUUCUCGGUUGUCUGACGCUUGUUGACUUCCUUAACAAUCAGGUGGACAGCACAUACAUGUUCAAUGUAGAGGGUUUCAUACCAAAGCUUUGCCAACUUGGUCAAGAAAUAGGGGAAGAUGACAGGGGACUCCGUCUGCGUUCAGCAGGGCUGCAAGCUCUUGCAUCAAUGGUGCUUUUCAUGGGUGAAUACUCGCAUAUCUCAAUGAACUUUGAUGAUAUUGUGUCAGUGAUAUUGGAUAAUUAUGAGGGUCAUCAAAUAGGCUUAGGAAACAGUAAGCAAGAUUUUGAGUGCAAUGAACAUCAGAAUCAUUGGGUGGAAGAAGUUGUCAGGGCAGAAGAUAAUGUCUCGUCUUUCCAAGACUCCUGGAAGAAGGUUCUCUCAGUACAUCAGAGCACAACUAUUGAAUUUGAUGCCACAGUGGACUCCUCAAAAAGCCCUACAUACUGGUCCAAAGUUUGCUUGCAGAACAUGGCUAAACCUGCCAAAGAAGCGACUACUGUAAGGCGUGUUUUGGAACCUCUUUUCCGUAAACUUGAUAGUGGGAAAUAUUGGUCUCCUGAGAGAGGAAUUGCUUGUUCUGUGUUAUCUGAAAUUCAGCUUCUAAUGGAGAAUACAGGACAAAAUAGUGAUCUGCUGAUAUCUACCUUAAUCAAGCACAUAGAUCAUAAGAGUAUAAGCAAGCAACUUAUCACGCAGGUCAAUAUUAUUAAUGUAGCUAGGCAUCUUACGCAGCAGGCUAAGUUCCAAGGCUCACUGUCUAUUAUGACUUCUAUAAGUGAAUUGAUGAGGCAUUUGCGCAAAUGCUUGCAAUGUUCAAUGGAAGUAUCAAAUCAGGGUGAUCUUGAUGUUGAAAAGUGGAACUCUGUCCUUCAUUUUUCCUUGGAAGAGUGUCUCGUACAAUUAGCAAAUAAGGUUGGGGAUGUUGGACCUAUUAUUGGCAUCAUGGCUGUCCUGCUGGAAAAUAUUCCUGCUGCUGCUACUGUAGCCAGGGCAACAAUUUCUUCUGUUUAUCGCACUGCUCAGCUAGUUUCUUCAAUCCGUAACUUGUCAUAUCAAAAGAAGGCUUUUCCAGAAGCUCUAUUUCACCAGCUGCUUUUAGCAAUGACACACCCUGAUCAUGAAACAAGAGUCGGCUCCCAUCGCAUCUUUUCUGCUAUUCUUGUGCCCACAAUUGUUUGUCCUUGGUCAAUUCCAAUUAUUCCACUUGCUUUUAAUGGAUAUGAUCCAGAAGGAACAAUUCUGGUAGCUCUCUCAGGUUUUGCUCCUUCAGGAAUCAUAAUGGAGAAGUUCACACACAAGAGUUCCUUUGGGAAUGGAUCCCUAGAUAAUACAAAGGAAUUAGGUGAUGCAAUGAGAAACAGGAUGGAGGACAGAUCACAAAAGUCUAGUGCAAGCUUUAAGCAAAAUUUAGUUCACCCAUCUCAGAGUGACAGUCAGAGCACUGUGUUUUCUCACCUAUCUGCAGUGAAUGAUGGAAAAGCCGUCAGCAGAUCUGGAGAAGAAGAGUUGAUCUUUAUGCGAUUGAGUAGCCACCAAGUGGGUCUUCUGCUCUCAUCAAUAUGGGUCCAGGCAACAUCACCAGAAAAUGCUCCUUCAAAUUAUGAGGCACUGGCACACACUUACAGUCUAGCUUUAUUAUUUUCUCGAGCCAAGAACUCGAGCCAUGUGGCCCUGGUCCGUUGUUUUCAGUUAGCAUUCUCUCUGAGGAGGAUGGCUGUAGACCAUGAAAACUCUUUGCAGCCUUCUCGUAGAAGAUGUUUGUAUACCUUGGCAUCCUCCAUGCUUAUAUUUUCUGCGAAGGCCGGUGAUCUGCCAGAAGUAGUUACUUCUGUUAAAUUGAUGGGUAGGAUGGUAGAUCCACACCUUCAUCUAAUUGAAGAUAGCUGGCUGCAAGCAACCUAUUUUGGAUCUUCCAGUAAUGUUUAUGGCUCUGAGGAAGAUGAUGUUGCUGCAAUGGAGUUCCUUGAGAAAUUAGAAAAGGAUGAUGAGCAACUAAAACAAUCUGUCAUUUCCCACAUAAUGAAGAAAUUUGAGAAGCUACCUGAGGAAAAACUACUUUCUUUAAGAGAGCAGCUCUUGCAAGAAUUUUCACCAGAUGAUGCUCUGCCACUUGGUGCACCAUUGUUCAUGGAGACACCUUACCCAUGUUCACCUCUUGCACAAAAGGGAUGUCAAUCAUGUGAUGAGGUCAUGACUCCUACAUUUUUGGAGGAUGGAGACAACUUGUCAGAUGCAUUCAGAAGUCAAUCGGAUCGGAAGAUGUCGGAGUCUAUGAAUAAUUUUGAUGUCUUAAGUGUUAAUCAAUUGAUUGAAUCGGUUAUUGAAACAGCACGACAAGUUGCUAGUUUGCCAACUUCGACAAUCCCAGUACCUUAUGACCAAAUGAAAAGCCAAUGUGAAGCCCUCGUGAUCGGGAAACAGCAGAAGAUGUCUGUGCUCCAAAGCUUCAAGCAUCAGCAAGUAGACUGGAGAGUUGUGCCCGAAGAGAAUUUUGUUGAUUCGGUGGACGCUCACCAGACACCGCAUCUUCCGGAAGCAGUGUUAAGCUUGGAUGAGAAGGAGCACGUUCGACGUAGCAAUUCACUGUCAAGUGAGUCUGAGCAGUCAUUCAGGCUGCCACCUGCAAGCCCAUACGACAAAUUCCUGAAAGCUGCUGGCUGUUGAGCAGAUCCACGAAUGUUUGUGGGUCGUGAUUAGUCUGAUCUAUAGUGAUGUUAAAGGUUUUCAUAUCAUCUUUUCUUCAAUUUUUUUCUCUCAAAUUCUGCAACUGUAAAGAAGAGAUGCGUGUGACAAAGUGUAUAUUUUUUUCCCCUUUAUUCGAAUAAAAUGUCAUUCUUAAAAGCUACA